UUUCUUAGCCGUGGGCACGCCGGCGCCUUCGCAGAGGCCCAUGGCUUGAGGUCCGGCCCGGAUGCGCAAGUUCCGACCUGAAAUGAACUAUGGAGUCCGGGAGGGGUCGCUUUGCCCCUCCGGAAGGCUUCCCCUUCAGCCAAUCACCGUUCGAGGCCCGCCCCCGUCGCCGGAAGGAGCCGUCGCCCCGAGCAACUACAACGUCCGGCUUUCUGAGUUGGGUGGCGGGAAAGGCGAUGAGUAAAGGCCGGGCAGAAGCUGCGGCGGGAGCCGCCGGGAUCCUCCUGAGGUACCUGCAGGAGCAGAACCGGCCCUACAGCUCCCAGGAUGUGUUCGGGAACCUACAGCGGGAACACGGAUUGGGCAAGGCGGUGGUGGUGAAGACGCUGGAGCAGCUGGCGCAACAAGGCAAGAUCAAAGAGAAGAUGUACGGCAAGCAGAAGAUCUAUUUUGCGGAUCAGGACCAGUUUGACAUGGUGAGUGAUGCUGACCUUCAAGGCCUAGAUGGCAAAAUCGUGGCCCUCACUGCUAAGAUGCAGAGCUUGCAGCAGAGCUGCCGCUACAUGGAGGCUGAGCUCAAGGAAUUAUCUAGUGCCCUGACCACACCAGAGAUGCAGAAAGAAAUCCAGGAGUUAAAGAAGGAAUGCGCUGGCUACAGAGAGAGAUUGAAGAACAUUAAAGCAGCUACCAAUCAUGUGACUCCAGAAGAGAAAGAGCAGGUGUACAGAGAGAGGCAGAAGUACUGUAAGGAGUGGAGGAAGAGGAAGAGGAUGGCUACAGAGCUGUCUGAUGCAAUACUUGAAGGAUACCCCAAGAGCAAGAAGCAGUUCUUUGAGGAAGUUGGGAUAGAGACAGAUGAAGAUUACAACGUCACACUCCCAGACCCCUGAGGGGCCCACGGUCGGGACUGGUGGGGACUGCAGGAUGUCAGAAGAGUGAGAUGUCUUGCACUGGCUACCUUGUUUUUGGUUGGCUUUUGUUGUUGUUCCUGCUACUUUCACCUUUAAGCAGAGCAGUCAGGAGACAAGCAUAAACCAGAGCACUGGGUAGAGAGGAUGAGGGCUGGUGGCUGGGGGUAGACCCAGCCCAUUUCAUUGUCUAAAUUGCAGUAGCUUGAGGUUAACAUUUAGACUUGGAACAAUGCUAAAGGAAAGCAUUUGGCAAUAUUUAUUAUAAUUUAAUUUUAUAUAAAAAUAUUUAAUUUCCUCUGGAUAGUCAAAUCUGCCAGAUAUCAAACCUGAGGAAGGCAGAAGUGAAUUUGGAGAACUAGGGUAGAGAGAGGUUGCUAUAAAACGAGCAUUUGGAGGGCCCACGGCUUCACUCAGGACCUGCUGGGCUUGUGUACCCCAGGAGCCCUUUUAAGUAUCUUUUGUACGCUUUUCACCCCACCCCCAAGUCCUGGGAGAAAUGCAGGCAACACUGAGACAUGGGAGAGGCCAAGAUAUGCUUGACAGAAAGGGUGAUUUUGAGGCUCAGUUAAUAUUUCAAAAUUGUAACCGUAGCAAAACUGCAUUGGUAUUUAGAAAAAUAAAAAAUUUCCAAUAUGUA